AUGCGCGGGUGGGAAGCGUGUCGCCGCGAGGGUCAGGCGCGCCGUCGCUGGGGCCAGAUUGAACCCGAGGCUGAUACUGAAACUUUCCUCGGAUCUUCCUUUACUGAGGCCGAAAGCAAUGGCAUCAAGUCUCCCAGUCACCGCGAUGGGUUCGUGCAGAAGGGGGGCGCGGGGGAGUUGCACAAACGCCCUGCAAUAUCCGAGACUUCAGCCAGCCUGCCAUCACGCCGUCUUCUCUCUAUCGCCGACGUGGAGCAGAGACCUCCGCGAGACGACUCCUCCCUGGCGCGGCUGCUGCUGGAUGUCGUCGGGCGUGAGAUGCGCGACUGCUCCCUCGUCCUCGCUACUGACGGACGCUUGGAGACGUCCCAGGCCACGAGACACCUGCUGGCUCUCCCGAAUGCGAGACAGGUCGUGCACGUAGAGAGCGCCAAAGACUUGAAGGACUUGAAUUGGAUUAAGUCUUCGUGCGGAGGAUAUUUUUUCCUUCUGGGCGACCCGACGCCGUUGCUCACUUUCGGGGAAGAGGACCAACACUUCUGGGAUUAUGAAGGGAAAUAUGUGAUUGUGGGGCUCUCGAUCGAUCAGUUAAAUCAGUUUACCCGAACCAACAAAGGCAAAAAGACUGAGCAUAUAGUGGGGGUUGUUCAGACCGGGCGCGAGGGGGAGUACAGCCUGUGCAUGAAUCAGCUGUACUGGGGCGAGGGUGUUGCAUGCGUCAACACGUGGCUGCAACAGAGGCGGUCGCUUGAUGCCGCCAUCUUCCCGGAUAAGAUCUCGAACUUGCGCCAGGCCGUCUUGAACGUCGUGCAGUUCGAGAUCCCGCCCAGCAUCGCCUACCACCGGAGGCCCGACGGCUCGCUGUUCAUCUUCGGCCAAGAGGUGGAGCUCGUGCUGCUGCUGGCCCGCUUCUUCAACUUCACCGUCAGCUACCAGUGGCCGCCUCCGGGUGAGAGGGACGCCGUGCUGAGAUAUGGCGAGUCGAGUACUCCAGAGCUCAGGUUGUUGCCAGCUUUCCCUUUCCUGACAGACAGUAUACCAGUGCCUUCCUUCUCAGGGGAGAUGUGGGGCGAGAAGGUGGCCAACGACACGUGGAACGGCCAGGUGGGGAUGCUGGGGCGCGGGGAGAGCGACUUGGCCAUCUCUAACAGGUACAUCACGUCCCAUCUCGGACGCUUCGAUUUUGAGCACUACAGCGACCCUUAUGAUGCUGAUAGGAGCUGUUACUUGGUUCGUCUGGACCCGCCUCUCCCUCGCUGGCAAAAUUUGGGCUUUCCCUUCCAUAUGAUCACGUGGUUUGCUAUCCUUGGCGGGCUGCUUCUCACGGGCCCCGUCCUCUACCUCUUCGCUCGCGCUUCCACGGGUCCGAGUGGACACGACCCCUUAGGAAGACACUCCUUUAUCUACUCGUGCCUAUACAUGGUGGGCAUUCAUUUCCGAGAAUCCCAGACGGUUCUCCCGCGUAACCCAAGCACCCAGGUCCUGGUGUCGUUCAUGUGGGUGUACGCCAUCAUCCUAACCACCGGCUACAGCAGUAAUCUAACCGCCUUUCUCACCGUAACGAGGCAACCAAACAGCAUCGAGACCAUCAAGGAACUGAGGCACUCCAGCCUCAACGUGCUCGGCGUGGGGCCCUUGAUUGGGAACCUGAUGGCGCAGUCGGUGAACCCGGAUUUGAAGACCCUGGCAGCUCGUUUCGCCUCCAUGCCCGACUUCGCCUCCAUCACGGAGCAGGUGAUGUCUCGUAAGGGCGUCAUGGUGCAGAGCCGCGUCUUCCUAGAAUAUAUGAGGGAACAGCUCACCGACUCCAGAGGCCGAACUCUCGUGAGGAUCAUCAAGGAGUGUUCCUUCCCGUUCAGCGUGGGCAUCGGCUACCCGACGCACUCACCCUUGAUAAAGAAGUUCAACCGCGUGAUCAACUGGGUCGUCGAGAGCGGACUCUUCCGGCACUGGAAAUCCACGACUCUGAGUAGGAUCAGGAAGUUUAAGAUGGAAAAGGAGAAAUCGGGAGCGAACGCCGACCCCGACUCCCCGGAGGACACGAGCCAGACGACAGGCGUGAUUCCCAUGGGCAUCGACCACCUUCAGGGCAUCUUCCUGGUCCUCAUCUUCGGCCACCUGGCUUCCCUCCUCGUCUUCCUGGCGGAGAGGAUCUACUCGAGGGCGCUGGGUUUUCGCGGUGACUAG